AUGUCAAAUAUUCAUCACUUUGUAGCACUGUUCCAUUUAUUAAUCUACAAUCCUAUUUUGGGAGAUCUGGGGCAGUUGAUCAUGAAAGGAAAAACAAUACCAGCAUGUCAACGAUGCCGAAAAAUUGAACCACCAAACUGUUCGAUAUUCAUCGGUUUUGGCUGCUCGGAACCUACAAUCAUCUAUGACGAUCGCGGGGAAUGCUUAAGAGCAAAAGCAUGGUGUGGAACUAAACAAAUGGCAGUACUUGGGACUAUCAUCGAUGAGUACGAUUUGUAUUUUUUGGAUAGAUUACAUCAGGAUUGGUGGUCAUUGUCAGAAGCAGAAGGUCUACGAAUGGUCAUCUAUGCAAAUUGUACGGAACAGGAAGAUUGGCUUACAGUUGCUGAACUACAGACUUAUAAAUCUCAGAAUGUUACUGUAGAUAGAUUAUUUUGUUUUCAAUAG